CAGGCAGGAAGUGACGAACCACACAUGCGCUUGCUCGACCAAAACAAAGCGGUGACAGAACUUGCAAGCUUUCACGCGGCGACUGUCUCAUAUCUCUGGCGAGGAAAUUUAGCACUGGCCUAAUGUCAGCCGCGAUUAUUUUAACAGCUGUGCUCGGUGGCGGAGUUUUACUCAUUGCCCGCAGGAUAUUUUCGAAGCGCAAAUCGGUGAAAUUGCUUUGUUUCCCAACCGGAAUGAUGCGCGGAAAGACCAUUAUUGUGACUGGAGCAAACUGUGGCAUUGGGAAAGCCACUGCCACUGAACUGUUGAAACUUCAGGCCCGUGUGAUCAUGGCGUGUCGGGAUCUGGGAAAGGCAGAGGAAGCAGCAGUGGAAAUCAAGAAAACGGCUGGUCCUGACCAAGGAGAGGUUGUCAUCAAGCAUUUGGAUUUGGCGUCCCUGAAGUCAGUUCACAGUUUCUGUGAAGAGAUUAUCAAGGAGGAGCCCAAGAUCGAUGUGCUCAUCAACAAUGCGGGCCUCUACCAGUGCCCCUACAGCAGGACCGAGGAAGGCUUCGAGAUGCAGCUGGGUGUCAACCACCUCGGCCACUUCCUGCUCACUCACCUCCUCCUCGACCUCCUAAAGACGUCGGCGCCCAGUCGCAUCGUGGUGGUAUCCUCCAAGCUCUACAAGUACGGCCACAUCAACUUUGACGACCUGAACAGCACCGCUGACUACAACAAAGGCUUCUGCUACAGCCAGAGCAAGCUGGCCAACCUGCUCUUUACCCGCGAGCUGGCUCGGCGGCUGGACGGCACAGACGUCACCGUCAACGCCCUCACCCCAGGCAUCGUGAGGACCAACCUCGGCCGGCACGUCCGCAUCCCGUUCUUGGCCAGGCCCCUGUUCAAGCUGGUCUCCUGGAUGUUCUUCAAGAGCCCUCUAGAGGGUGCUCAGACGCCACUCUACUUGGCUUGCUCGCCGGAGGUGGACGGCGUGACCGGGAAGUGCUUCGCCAACUGCGAGGAGGAGGUGCUGCAGCCGAAGGCCACCGACGACCAGGCGGCACAGAGACUCUGGACCCUGAGCGAGGAGAUGGUCGGACUGAGAAAGUGAGGCGUCCAGCCAUCCGUCCACCACAAAUCCUCGCCAGGCCACACACCUCUCGGACCAUUUAGAGCCCAGCUGUAAGCACAGAGGCUUUGAGGACAGUGGGAGUGUCCACUUCCGCCCAUUUUCAAGACUUAACUACAUAUAAAGGGCAUGAUGAUGCAUUACAUAUUGUUGUGAUUUAGUGAUUUGAUUUUAGCCUGGGUUUACUGCUGGGUCAUUCUAAAGCAAAUUAUCAUGUGCUGUAAAUGAACAAAACGGACUCGAUGCUCUGAUAAUACAGCACAACCCUCAUAUUUUCAUACUAUAUAUAGAUCUGUGAAAUACCAGAAGCUGGUAGCUUUGAUGCAAGUCUCUUGGAGUGUUUGAACUUGAACUGGACUGUUGAGAGGUGCUGUUGCAGCAGUAUCGGAUGCUGUAAUUGAAUCUGGUCACAUAUUAUUACUUAUUUGUAAGGGUGCCAAAGAGUGCGUUUGUGAAUUUGUUUGCGAAUUACAGUUAAAAAUAACUCCACCAGGUUGGUAGCGAGACGCACUGUUCUCUAAAAAAAUCAAAUGGCUCGCAUGAAUAUUUUACAAGUACCCUCCAGAAUAAUCGGGAUUCUCCUCCCGGCAAGCGAUUGCCUCCCUUAUCUCUGGCAGCUGUUGUACUAGUUCAGCUGUUGGCCACUCAUAAAUAAUCGGAACUGGCCUCAUGAAUUAUUAAACAGGGCUUCUAACGGCUCGUUCGGCAUUAGGCCUAACCCGGUGUGUCUCAACACAUUUAAAGUUUGCUGGUAACUUUGAUUCAGUGCUGUAUUUUAAUAACACCACCCAUCCGUGCUUCUGUAAAAAGGAGUUGCAUGCUUUCCCAUGUGACAUGAUCAAAGGGAAAGCGUCUUUGUAUGUGAAUGUGAUGCUGCUACUACUGUUGCAUUGUUCUCAGUUAUUUUUAACUGGUUGAAUAAAACGAGAGAGAGAGUGAGCAAAAGAA